UUUCUAUUCCUUAUUUCUAUUGCCUGUUGCCUAGCAUUGUGUAAAGGGCUUUACUGACUACGUUUCAAUGCUUACGUUUUUUUGUGUGCCAUGGCCUUAAAAAGAAGGCCUAAUAUGGCGUAAUAUUUUUUUUUACAUUUUUCAAAAGUUCUGAGAGUUUGCGCGUUUUCUUCGUAAAGAGUAAUCGCUUUCCAUUUACAUCAAAACUCAAAUAAAUCUCAUUUGUGACAUCAUAACUUAGUUGAAUAAAAUGGAUACAAUCGACACAGAAAUUUGCGGUUUUCUGUAUAUGAAAUCAAUAGGAAAUAGAUUUAUCGCGCAGAAAGUAAGGAAGAGGACUUUGGUAUUGCCAAAGGUCUGGAAACGAUUAUGGUGUUCCGUUGAAAAAUUAGGAUCUGAUCUUGGCUUACGAGUACAGUUUGACACCAGGCUCAGCUACAGUGGCAGUGCUUCUGCAAAACAAAGCGAAAAGAGCAACUGUGUCGUAAUACCGUCAAAUGCGAUUCUAUAUCGCAUUCGUUCUAAAACAAAGCAAUAUGCAUUCGCUAUAUCAUCAGCGAAAGACAGAAAGCCCUUAUUGUCGUUGUCCGCUAAUUCAGAAACUGAGACGCAGCAUUGGAUGGCAAAUAUUAGACAACUGUUGAAACCUAGAAGAUAUUGUCGCAUGGAGAAAUCAUACAGCAUGUCCAUGGUUGACAAUGCACAUUCUAAAGCAUCAGGUUUAACUGGUUUAUAUGGAGAUUUGAUUGCCAACAACACAGGGAUUCUUAUUAAAGAUGUUUAUAGUGGUGAUAUGAUUGAAUCUUUCGAAUGGAAAGAAUUUAGUCAAUUUCAUUUAAUGACAAUAGGCCGUCCAGAAGAUGUGAAACGUAUUUGUGUAAUACAUACCACUAAAGAGUUUCGUUGUGGUGCUGGAGAACUCAAUAUAUUUUGUCUUGAUGCUAAUAAAUUAUUACAAGAUUUAGUGACACAGGGUCGUGGUCCAAAACAAAAAUCUUUGCAUUUUGACAAAGAAAACUUUGAAACAGUAAUGCAACAUUAUAAAGUUAAUAAUCCUCUUUCACAGUUACAAAAUACUAUCUCACUUCAUCUUAAUACAGCUAAUUGUUCAAGGGUAUCAAACUGCACAAAAAUCAUAGAGAAUAUAUAUGAAUUGGAACCUGAUCUAAUGUACAGCAAAGAAAUUGAUUCCUAUAAUCUUAGAAUGUCAAAUGCUUCUGAAAUUUAUGAAGAAAUAGACAAUAUAUGCUUUUCUAAGCAAAUAACAUCCAUUUUUAAUGAGAAUGAAGAAGCAGAUAAAAUUCCAAUCUGCAAUUUUCAAAUUAAACCUCCAGCAUUACCACCACGGCAGGGUCAAAAAUCAUAUGUAGAGGAAGAUAGGAUUAAUGUGGGGCAAUAUUCUCAUGUAAAAAUGUCUAAUCUUGAAGCAAAGUUACAAAAUGCUGAAGAAUGCAUGCAGAAAAUUAUUUUUAUGGAUAAUAAUUAUGUACCGAUGUCAUCUCAAAUAAAAGACAUUAAUAUAUCCGAAUCCGAUGACACAGAAUAUUUAAAAGAAAAUGACUAUGUGUGUUUUCGUUGUUGCUACCUCGCUACAAGCGGUUGGUUCGUGUUUGAAGACAUGACGUCACAAAUAGUAACCGAGAAUAAAAACGUUUCGAGCAGGCAAUGCGCAAACGCGCUAGCGGUUUGUUGCUUCAUGUGUCAUGAUCAUGAUGGAUCCAAAUGUGAGGUUAUCUGUGUUAUUUUGUAUAAUGGAAGUGAUUGAUGACGAUUUAUCACAUAUUGUGAAUAUUUGUCAAUUACAACUCACAAGCAGGUUGUCCUUUCCUUUUUGAAGGAUAGAAUAACUUAUUUCAAAAUAGGAAUAAUUGCUACGUUAUUCAUUUUUGCUUUUUGACAACUUGUUUACAAGCAUUCUCUUUUCGCACUUCGCGCCAAACAACCUACCAUAACCGCACUAUCAUCGUCGAGACCAUGGCAACGCGAUAGCAGCUAUUACGGCUAACGUGAUUGCUUCGAUAACGUCACAACUAGAAACGAAAACGGUCUUGUUUGCCUCUGGUCGUUCGUGGUAGCGAAACAAAAACGCACCUUAUAUAAAGAUAUAUUUUUAUAAUCCCGGGAAAAAAAGUCCAUAUAAAAUUGGCCAUACAUGGAUUUUGUCAUUAGCUAAUUAUGUUUUGCCAAAUAUAGUCAUAUAUGAUAUUAUAUAUGAAUAAAUAUUAUCAGAUCUGAAAAUUACAGCACUUUUCUUACUUUUCAAU